AUGGCGGAAGUUGAACCGAUGAUGAUUGAUGGCGCUUAUGUAAACAGCCUGAAAUCAAAUGGCCCAGAUCAGAAAAGGAAGGCAUUGAAGAGAAAGAGAGUGGAUCCAUAUGUAUAUACCACAAGCCCAGAAGAGAAACAGGCAAAAAUCAACGGAUUCCGCGAGGAAAUCAACAGUUUAAUCAAAUUCUGCAAAGAUUUAGUGUUGGAACGAAGAGAGGCGUUGUUGGAAAAUGUGGAAAAAAUUGGGAUUUCUUCCGCUUCUUUAAAUGGUGUGAUUGCAUGUCUGAUGGAAGAGAGUGAACUCCCUUUGUCAAAGCUUGUGGACGACAUUUUUGAGAAAGUUAAGGGUAAAAUUGGAAAUGGUGAUAGUGUCAGUAAGGCUAGUGUGAAGAACAGUGUGCUUCUAGUUGGGCAGAGAUUAUGCUAUGGAGUGCCCAAUGCAGACGCUGACAUUUUGGAGGAUGAAUCUGAGUCUGCCCUCUGGUAUUGGGAGACGAGGGAUUUGAAACUGAUACCAAAAUCAAUGCGAGCGACUCUGAAAGUUCGGCGUACUUGCCGAAAAAAGAUCCACGAACGAAUUACUGCUAUUUGGGCAACGGUAACUGCACUGGAAAAAUCAGAGGACCAUCGGAGCUACAGGCAAGAUUUGAUAAAAGCUUCAGACAAGCUUAGCAAAGUUUUAACUGAGGCAGAUAUCUGUUUGUUGAUGCAGACCAUGUCCCAGAAAAAUGCUGCUGAAGUGUCCGAGAAAGAAUCCAAGCGAGAAGAAAAGCUUUUAAUCAAGCAAAUGGAGAAAAGCAAACGUCAGACGUUGAAGGAGAGGAAAAAGAUGGAUCAGGAACUUAAUAAGGAAAAGUUGCAAACUGAAAAAGAACUAAAGCGAUUACAAGAUGAGGCCGAGAAGGAGGAGAGGCGCCUUGAGAAGGAAGAAUCUGAAAUGCGGAAACAGCUGAAAAGGCAGCAAGAGGAAUCAGAGAAAGAACAGCGUCGCAAGGAGAAGGAAGAAGCUGAGUCAAAAAAACGACUUGCUCUGCAAAAACAAGCAUCCCUCAUGGAACGCUUUCUCAAAAAGAACAAAACUAAUUCAACUUCUCAAAAUGGCGGUGCUGCUAGCAAACAGGAAACAUCUGAUCAAUCCCCUAAAAGGGUUGAAAGGAUUUCUGGACCAGUUACUGUGCCUAUGGACUCUAUUCUAACCGUCGGUGAAGGAAUUGAUGCAGAAGAUAUAUGGAAAUCACACCUAAAAUCUUGGCGUUGUUUGGGACACUCAGUUCAUUCUAACAGGAAAAUGCAUUGGGGAAUUCGUCAGAAGCCUAAGACUGAAUUGGUCAAGGAACUUAAGCUUAGCACUAACAGAGAAUUUACCUGUGAUGAAGAUAUGAGCCUAGAGAAGCUUGUGGAUGGAUGGAUUGACACUAAUGUUGAUGGACGUUUAUCUUGUACGAAUGCUAAUACUCUUCCCAAUUUCCAGAAGCGUAGUAAGAAUAGGCAGCUUUUGCAGUUUGAUAAGAGUCAUAGGCCUGCCUUUUAUGGUGUUUGGUCCAAGAAAAGUCAAGUUGUUGGAGCGCGUCACCCAUUUGCGAAGGAUCCAGACGUAGACUAUGAAAUUGAUAGUGAUGAGGAGUGGGAAGAGGAGGAGCCUGGUGAAAGCCUAUCAGAUUGUGACAAGGAUGAUGAAGAUGAAACUGCGGAAGCACAUUCAAGAGGUGAUGAAGAAGAUGAGAGUGAAGAUGGUUUUUUUGUACCUGAUGGAUAUCUCUCGGAGAAUGAGGGCGUACAGGAUGAUGAAAUGGAAUCUGAUGAAUUGGUUGAGGAGACAAGAAACUUUCCUGAUUCUGAACCGGCUGGGCAGAAUGAGGAAUUCUAUACCUUGCUUCGACAACAGAAGUAUCUGAAUAAUUUGACAGAGCAUGCACUUCGAAAAAACCAACCCUUGAUCGUAUGGAAUCUUAUGCAUGAAAAGGCUAUUAUUUUACAGGCUGAAGGGCUCACUGAUGUGCAGAAGUUUGAACUAAAGUGUUUGCAAUCUCUGAGUAUUCGUCCUUACCCAGGUUGCCCCCCAAUAGAGAUAUCAAUUUGUAACAACACAGUACUUGAGGAUCAAGAAGCUUCUCCUUCAAAUAGCAAGUCAAGUACAACUCCAGUGGCAAGUGCUGCAGCUAUAUUGAACUCAAACUUGCCUCAAAUUGUGUCUGUAAUCCAAUCAUGCUCACAAAGUAUAGGCAAGGUGUUGGAGUCCUUACAAAAUAAGUUCCCAGCCGUCCCAAAAUCCCAAUUAAGGAACAAAGUGCGAGAAAUAUCAGAGUUCUCUGAUAAUUGUUGGCAGGUUAAGAAAGAAAUUCUAGCCGAGCUUGGUCUACAUGUAUCACCAGAAAAGAGUUAUGGGAAAACAAAGAGCAUUGCGAAAUUCUUCUCAAAAAGAUGUCUGCCUCCUGGCAAGACUGACAACCUGAAUUCCCCACAAUCAUCCCACAAAGCUGCUGCUGCAGCUGCCAUACGACCACUGCAGGAUAGCACUAUCGAGAAUCAAUAA